CAAAAACUGGAACACUACCUCCAACGAGACCAGUAUUACCACCUUGAAUACAAACUGCUAUACCACGCUCAUAACAAUAUUUAAGAAUUGAUGAUACCUGUUCAGUUGUUUUUGGUUUAAGCACAUACUUACUGAAACCUAGAAAAAGCAAAAGGCAAUACGGUAAAUUUGUUGAAAAAUGUAAAUAUACAAUCAAUGAAUCAACCACGGGCAAUAGUCAGUCUUGCAGUAUCGGAACAAUAUUUUCGAAUAGAAUUGGUUGCUGGUGUGAAAGACAAUUAUCAUAUCCAUUAUUAUGUCUUCGGCAACAAAUCGUCGGAACAUUUUACAGUUGAUAAGGGAUCGAGAAUUAAACGAUCACAUCCGCACAAAAUAUGCAUUAAAAAGUAAUUUGUAUUACAAAUGUAUUUCAAAACUUGGAUUACUCGCUCAAUUAGAAGGACAUCAAGGAUGUGUUAAUUGCCUACAAUGGAAUUUAAAUGGAAGCACCUUAGCAUCAGCAUCUGAUGACUAUCAAGUAAUACUGUGGGAUCCAUUUUUACAAAAAGUUAAAACCACUAUUAAAACUUUGCACCGCGGAAACAUAUUUUCUGUCAAGUUUAUUCCUAGUUGUAAUGAUGAUAUAGUUGCAACUGGAGCUGGUGAUUGGAGUUCACAUACAUAUAAUGUAACAACUGGUCAUAAAUUAAGCAGUUGCAAUUGUUCUCAUGGACGAGUAAAACGUUUGGCUGUAGCAAAUGAUACUCCAAGUGUUUAUUGGAGUGCCUCAGAAGAUGGAUGUAUCAGUCAACAUGAUAUGAGAAUGAGUCAUGAAUGUCCUACAGAAAAAUCUAAAAUUACUUUGGUAACCAUAUACGGUCAAUCGGGAAAAAAGAUUGAAGCUAAAUGUUUAGAUAUAAACCAACUUAAAACUGAACAGCUUGCAGUUGGUGCUAAUGAUCAAUAUGUGAGAUUGUAUGACCGCAGGAUGAUUCGCUCACUGUCAUCAUUUACUGUAAAACAUUCAAAUUCGAAAAACUCUUCUUCAGAAUUUGAUUUUGUGUGUACUGAUAAUAGUGCAACUGAUACAUUAAAUCAAUUUCAAUCUGCACUUCAAUAUUAUGUACCGGGUCACAUCCAUCCAUACACUGAAAUAUUGCCCAAAAAACAAAGAAGUUAUGUAAUUACUUAUUUGACUUUUAGUCCUGAUGGGCAAGAGCUAUUGGUUAAUUAUGGUGGUGAUUAUGUAUAUCUUUAUAACUUAAUGGAUCAAGCUGAUAAUGCAUUUUUCAACAUUCCUAAAGUUAUGAAAGUUCCUCGAGAACAUGGAGAAGGUUCUUCUUUAGACAUAACAGAUGAUCCAGUUCCUAUUCCCCAUUCGACACUACCAGAUAAAGUAGAAAAAUUAAAAUUAAAGGCAAAUUAUUUAUUUGAAAAAGAAGAAUAUACUGCUGCCAUUUACAUUUAUAAUGAAGCUAUAGAUAUUUAUCAAUGUAGUGUACUAUUUUCAAAUAGAGCUGCAGCUUACAUUAAAAGAAAGUGGGAAGGGGACUACUAUGCAGCUCUUAAAGAUUGUGUGACAGCAUUAAAACUAGAGCCUAAUCAUAUGAAAGCACAUUUUCGAUUGGCAGUGUGCUUGUGCGAAUUGGGCAUGUUAAAAGAUUCUAAAAUGUAUUUAGAUCAGUUCACGUUAAAAUACCCAUUGUAUGAAAAUAGUAUUGCCUACAAAGGUCUUCAAAAUGAUUUAAAAAAUGAAGAAGCUAAGAUUAGAGAAAGAAGGGCAUAUCCUACGCCAAAUUAUGAAGUUUUACACAUUGAACAAGUCGAAAAGAUAACCUCUGAGAAAUACUUCAGUAGUCGCUCAAAAGAUUAUCUACAUAGAUAUUAUGGGCAUUGUAAUACAUCUACUGACAUCAAAGAAGCUAACUUCUUUGGAAAUAAAAAUCAAUUCAUAGUAGCUGGAUCAGAUGAUGGUUUAUUUUUUGUAUGGGAUAAACAUACAGAAAAUAAUUUACUCUUACUAAAAGGCGAUAGUUCAAUUGUAAAUUGUGUACAACCACAUCCUUCAGAAUUUAUGUUGGCAACUAGCGGUAUUGAUAAUGAAGUCAAAUUAUGGAGUCCAUUGUCAGAUGACGUGGAUAAUGCAUUUAAAGUAGAAAAUUAUAAAAGAACAGCUAGGAUAAACCAAAGUCGUAUGAUGGCUGAUCCAUUUGACAUAAUAAUGAAUAAUAUGAGGAGGGAUAUACUAGAAGGAAAUGAAAGUCAUGAGUUUCAUACUGUCCGUGAACAAUAUGGAGUUGAUCCAUUAUCUGAUGAUUUUGAUUGUCUUAUGAGUUGAUAAAAACAUAUUUAAGUAUUUUUUUUAUUAAUAUUAAAUAUAUAUAAAUAUUUUUAACUGUAUAAUUUUUUUUUUUUUUUAAUGUUUUUAAUAUUUAUGAUACUUUAUCAACAAGGAUUGUUUGUUUUGCAGUGUCCAACUUUAAUUCAAUAUCAUUUACUUCUGGUAAAUUCAUACUGCCAAUCUGAAAUAUAAUAUGUAUAAUAAAUUAUAUUUAGAUAUACAUUAAAUAGUUCAGUUUUAAAUAAAUAUAGUUUUAUAAAACGUUAAAUGAAAUUCACUUAUAAUCUCAUACACUUAUAAAAUGUGUUUUUAUACAUGUCUAUAGAAAUACGGUAUAUAUUAAAUGUAAAGCAUGAAUUUUCAAUUCAUAAUGUAGUAUUUUAAUAAAUAUUACUAUUCUAAGGUUUUGUUUAUAAGUAUCAUUCUGUUUUUUUUUUUUUUUUGAAUAUUAUGAAGUUUGAUAAAGAAUAUACCACAUUAUUAUUUGUGAUCUUUAAAUUUUAAAUAUAAAACUUGUUAAAAUUGGAUGCUGUAGUUAUUAAUUUUUUAUUUUAAAACUGAUGUUCCUUUAUUUAACUUUUGAAAAUUAUAUCAUCAAUGAAAAAAUAAAUUUAUAUUAAGUUGAACUUUGAUUGUUUACUAUAUUAUUAUUAUUAAAAACAUAAUAAUAUAAUAUAUUAGUGGUUCUCAACUGGUGUAGCUGGUGUAGGUAUGGACUUAGAAUAACUGUUCUGCCAAAAUUUAAAAUUUUUCAAUUAUUUUUAUAAUUAUCUAUAAUUUUUUAAGAUUUUAUUUACUUAUUUUAUUAUUAUUUAGUGACUUAAUGUGUAUUUAAACUAUUUUAUGCUUGUACGCUUUUGUUUGAUACAUUAAAAAAAAUAUACUUCAUAAUUGAUAUUAAUUCUUAUUUAAUA